CGCGCGCUUGAAAGAGCUUGUGCUCACUGUCACCUGAUUUGUUUUCUACCCUUUGUGUGGUACUAGAUUGUUCGCUGCUUCUGGGAGCAUUCUCUCUCCCGUUGGAGUGGGUCGCUGUUAGAUCCUCGUUAUUGAGGGUUACUAAACGUCCUACUGAGCUUAGUUACCUACAUUAGUUUGUUGAGGACUAUCUCAGAGCACCAACAUUUCGGGGUAAACUUGGCGGGUUGUUGUCAUACUACUUAAUUUCGUUUGUGUUGUUGUUGUCGUUCAUCAACUGCGACCGGGUGUGCGGCAAAUUGCCAGAACGUGUGGAGAUUCGUUUGUCUGCUGGGCGGGCGAUGAAAGGUAUCGCGGACUAGGAUAACUGAAACCCUCGACAGUUGAUCGUGAGCUGCAGGUGCGUACGGUUCGGUUUAUCAGCAGGCAGGGAUUGACUCCAUUCUGGAUUUUUUGGAUCGGAUCGUUUGGACCGAGCUCCAGGAACUUAUGUGUUUUGUUCUGUCCUACCUCACAUGGUGUCCUGUUUAAUGAAAGUGUCCUCAAGUGCAAAAAAAGUUUGAAAAAAAAGUCACAUAACACAACCGGGUAUCGUUACAACAGAGAAUCUAUUUCGAGUGCACCCCCCAAAGUGACGUGUUCCCUAAAAGUGUAAACACACCACCAGGAAUGCAACUGAUUUGUUAGUGAUUGCGCCAGAAAAGAGCCAGCAGGAAUAAUAUCGUCAUCAAGAAAGGGUUGAUGCUGAUCGUUGCUGAUGUGCUGCGAAUCAGCUGUGCAAACGCGGAUUAAAUAACUAAAAAGGUCUCUUGUCCCCCCGAAUUCCCGAAGUGGCGAGCAAGUGUCAAUAUCAACAUAAUACAAAAAACGGAAAAGUGAUUCAUAAAACACUUAACACUGUUUGGCCUCCUCUAAAUAAUCCAUUUAAUCUGAAUUAUUAUUGUAUGUGGUUAAGCUGUCAACUUGAGCACCUUUGCUAUAAUUAGAGGUGGUUAAGCAGUUGGAAUAGAACUUUUGAUAUAAGAACCACACAAAAUCACAAUGACAGUCGAUAAAGGUCACAGUAAUACAGCAUUUGUGGGAGAUGACGAUAUUCACAGCAAAAAAUCACACCAUGGCACCAAGAACCUGGGAGCCAACAGUUACGUUAUGGAAAUACAGGACAAGAAACCGGGCCUAGAGGUGGACUACAAUCCGUACGAACAUCGGCACGUGGAACAUCCGACGACCAACAACGAGACGUUGAUCCAUCUGCUUAAGGGAUCGCUGGGAACGGGAAUUCUGGCGAUGCCAAAUGCCUUCCACCAUGCCGGAUGGCUGGUGGGUUCCGUUGGAACAUUUUUGAUUGGGAUCCUCUGUACCUACUGCAUUCACCUGUUGAUUAAGGCUGAAUACGAAUUGUGUCGGCGGAAAAAAGUUCCCAGCUUAAACUAUCCAGCGGUAACGCAGACGGCCCUUUUGGAAGGUCCGGAUGCUCUGAAACCAUUUGCCAAUGUUAUAAUCCACAUCAUCAACGUUUUUCUGCUGAUUUACCAGCUUGGCACCUGUUGUGUGUAUGUGGUUUUCGUGGCAUCCAACAUCAAGGCUAUUUCGGAUAACUACACCGAAACUGAAACCGACGUGCGAUUGUUUAUGCUGAUCAUCCUGCUGCCAUUGAUCUUGAUCAACUGGGUGAGGAACCUCAAGUUUUUGGCACCAUUCUCGACGCUGGCCAAUGCAAUCACGCUCGUUUCGUUCGCCAUCAUCCUCUACUACAUCUUCCGCGAUCCGAUUUCCUUCGAGGGCCGGGAAGCAUUUGGUAACAUCGCCGAGUAUCCGCUGUUCUUCGGAACGGUACUCUUUGCGCUGGAAGCCAUUGGUGUGAUCCUGCCAUUGGAAAAUGAAAUGAAAACUCCGAAGAAGUUCGGAGGAAACUUCGGGGUGCUGAACAAAGCUAUGGUGCUCAUCGUGACGCUGUACAUCGGAAUGGGACUGUUCGGGUACCUGAACUACGGAGCAGAAUCGGCUGGUUCGAUCACGCUCAAUUUACCAAAGGAUGAAAUUUUGGCCCAGUGCGUCAAGGGAAUGCUUGCCUUUGCCAUUUACAUUACCCACGGUUUGGCCUGUUACGUGGCGAUUGACAUCACCUGGAACGACUACAUGAAGAAGCGAUUCGGAGAGUCUCCUCGUAGCAUCAUCUGGGAGUACCUGAUGCGCACCGUGCUGGUUCUGGUCACAUUCCUCUUGGCCGUUGCCAUCCCCAAUUUGGAACUCUUUAUUUCGCUUUUCGGAGCACUGUGUCUGUCAGCUCUUGGAAUCGCCUUCCCUGCUCUCAUCCAAACCUGUACCUAUUGGCAUGAGCGACAGGGCUUCCAGAAGGUCUGGAUGGUCACCAAGAACUCGAUCAUUGGGGUUAUUGCCAUCUUCGGUCUGGUCGUGGGAACCAGCACCAGCCUGAAAGAAAUCAUCCACACUUUCGGAGACCAUGACGAUUAGAUGAUAGAUAGAUUCGAGUAGUUCCUCUCUGUGUGUCAAUUUUAUCACACAGAAACUAGAAAAGUUGUAAAACCAAUCGAACAAGCCAAGUGAUAUCCUCCAUAAAGACAGGUAAAACACGCAAAACGCGAUCAACUGUGAAAAACCAUUAUCUUUAAACCGCUAACGAGUAUUAAGAAACCGAUAAGUUAUCGCCUUAAAGCCCAGAUUGAGAACGUUCAUUGUGAAUCAGACAGAAGAUUCGGCUGAAAGACUGACGAAAAAAAUCUCUUUUUUUCAGUCAGAAAACUAGCAUUCCGGAGUGAUUUUAAAUUUUAUUAUUACUGUAAACAUGUAAGAUUUAUAAGUAACGUCAUCAUGAUCACGAACAAGAUAGCAAGCCCAGUUUUUUUUAUUGGAAAAAAUAGUUACGAAUUAUUUUAUCGUCCCAUGUGCCAAUAUGUAUUGUGUAUCAUUAUUGUCUUACCUCUCAGUUCAAAAAACGAUCGAGAACUGAGAUUAUUUUAAAUUUGUGUAAACAUUUCCACUUUAGUUUAAACCCGAAAUUAGAACAUUUCGAAGACAAUGUGUACAUUAUGUUGAAUUUUAACCAUAAGCAGUGUUUUCGAAUAGUGUAGCAUUGUUUUAAGUUUAGCUCAAAGGUUGUUAAUAUGCAAUAAAGUUGUAUCAAAUGAA